AUGGACUCUUUCGUCGAUGAUAAAGCCUUGGUCCAGUACUCGUCCAACUCGGCCCGAAACUUUUGGAAUCGAUUGGUUAUCCAAGCAAGUCAGACCCAGGCCUGUGUCCGGCAUAGUGUUGCUGCAUUGAGUAGCCUUCAUGAGUGGAUCGAGCUCACAAAGCGAACUCCCUGGCAGAACCACACCUUUACCCUCUACUACACCAAAGCCAUCACUGAGAUCAAUCAAAGCCAAAGCGUCCUGCCCCUCGAGAUUAUCUUGAUCUCAUGCAUCCUAUUCGCUCACUGUGAUUUCCUCAUGGGUGCGUCCGCCGCGGGUCUCACACAUUUGAAAUCGGGACAUCGCAUCAUUUCCGAGAACAGAAGAAGACAAGCCUCAAUUGCACCAGAGAUUGCCGAGUUUAUCGAACCCAUAAUACGUGGCUUCAUGGCGAAGUCGGAAAACUACGCGUUGCGAGAAGAGGCGGGACCCAAGGCCGAUCCGGCCAACCCAACGGGGGUUGCAACUUAUGCGGUGCCAGAUAUGCCAGAGGUCUUUGAAGACCUAGCGCAAGCAAACAAGCACUUACAGCAAGCGGUCUACAUGGUCCUUCUUCUUGAACUUGGUAAACCACAUCAUUCGGCGCCAAUGAUCCCAGGUGUCCGCAAAUACGUUGCCGACUGGGCGAGCGCGUUCGGUCGCUGGAAAGCCACCCUGGAACUUGACGAACCCCUCCUGACAGACUGGCAAUUACUGUUGCUUGCUCACCAUCGGAUGGCCCUACUGAUUCUAAAAACUCUCCCUCCAGACAAUGACAGCAACUACAAUCGCGCUGCGGCAGACUUUCGGAUCAUGUUUGCCCAAUUACGGACCUUCUUACGCAGUGGAUAUACUAUGAGGGAAAAAGGGCAGGACAGCAACCUGGUGCUGAAGGUGCAUCUAGGCUUCAUUGCGCCGUUGUACUUUAUUGCUACGCUGUGCCGAGUUCGCGACAUUCGCCGAAACGCACUCGAGGCCUUGCGAGACUUGAAAGUUGUCGAGGGCCAUUGGAACAGUUGCGUGGCUUACGCCGUGGCUAAAACCGUUGUUGAAGUCGAAGAAACAUACAGUGAGACUUUGAUGAGAGUACAGCAUAUCAAGCUCGAAAGUGUCGAUCGAGAGAAAGAUGGAACUCUUGAGCUAAGAUACCACAAGGUGCCAGGAGACGGAACUCACGCCGAUGUUGUGACCAGAAAGAUCACGGAGCCUUGCUGUCACCAUGAACCGAACACGCAAUGGCCGCUGCGUAGUGACGGCCAGAAGAUGUUCUCCCUGCCGGGCAUGAUCAGAAAACAUACCGACCGCAAGGGCAGACAACAAUUCCCACAACCAUACCGUGGCGCAGGUUCAGACGACUAUGGUGUCGAGAUGUCAACUCAGCUCAGCUUCCUUCUCGUCAGAGUUGGUAUCACCCAACACAGAAACAGCGAAUGUCUGCCCACCCCCCGGAUCGAUCCAGCUGUCAGCCCUCAUAUUUACGCCAUUGAUGCCGUCACAGCAUCUUUGGUCAUCCGCCCCCAAAAUGUCGCAUGGAUGGGAGACUUGCACAAGUUCCACAGAAUUCCUUCUUCCGAAGCGAUGAACUCGGACUUGGACUCCCUUUCCUAA